AUGCGAGGUAAUGCGAAUUGGGGCCAUGGCAUAACCGGAGCUGGUUCAAUACAUGCAAGUCCGCAGAUCCAACAGGCAAUCGACAACAGUACUCGCUUCGAGAGUGGGAACGAUCCUGCAGCAGAUCAUCACGAUGAGAGAAGCAUCAAGGCGAAGGCUGAUGCAUUUCAUCUAUAUGCAAGCGUUACAUACCACACCUCGUUCUUAGUCGAAAAAGCAACCGAGUAUCUCAUUAUUGAUGUUAAUCGUUCUAUUCAGGAAUCCUGGGAGAUAGGCGCGGGAUACCACUUCAGUAUUAGCUCCGAAACAAAGCAGGCUCGAGCACCUGCAGCCGCCAACGUCAUGAGAGAGAUAUCGCCAUUGCCGCCCGGGUCGUUAGCAUCAGCGUCCAGAAUAUGCCCGCAAAGGAAAGCUGCUCGAAUUGAGCGCAGCUGUGGCAUCAUAGUAAAAGACCUGUUCUUCUGUCCUGUGACUUUUGUUUUUGAUAUCAUUGACCUGAUCUGA